GAGAGCGGAGGAAGGCAGAAACACUGGAGAGAGAUAAAGUUUGAGUCUAUCUGAGCGACUGCUGCUUCUCUUCUGCUUGUAGGCCGUCUGCAGGAUACACAGGGAUCGGCUGGGAAAGAGAGGAUUUAAUCAGCCAGAGAGUGUGCUGGAGAAGGAAAAGAGAGGGAAGAGGGAGGAGAAAAAGGGAAUAGCUGCUCAGAUCAUGAGAGUGGAUGCCGUCUUUCCUGAGGUCAGAUUUCACAAAAUGAGAGACCACUGCACUCCUACUGGGCGCAAGCAACAGAGCAAGGAUGCCGGCUGCUAGCACCAUGACUGGCGGGAGAGCACUACUGCUCUGUACAAACACAGAGGACUGCAUCUACCAAUCAGCAAACGGGCUCCACUGCUGUGGAUUGAAGCUUGACCAGGCCCAAUCUGUGGUGCUUCAGCGGCCAGACCUGUGUGGGGUCGGGGACAGUGUAUCUUCUCUGAGCAACAUCAGCCGAAGCCCAGGAGACACCAUCAUGCUCGCCCAUAAGAGUCCCUCCAAUACUCAGUCCAUUGAAAAUGGUCUGGGUGGUUGCAGCAAGUCCCCCAAGAGUCCCUUAGGACUUAAAAGCACUGCCAGCAUUCGAGACAAGAUAUCCCGGUGGGAGGGUAAAACAGAGACCACCGGGUCAAACACCCAAUCAGUGGGACUGAAGGAGAUGGAAGUUGGAAAGAAGAAGGUACAACCGGAAGUACAAAGAAAAGACAGUAAGCGACUUUCAAACUGGGAGAGACAGAACUGUGGCAAAGAGAAUGGGAGUAAGUUUGGAGAACCUUUGAACACCUCGGAGGGACCUGUGAAGGAAAAGGAAUGGAUUUUGGACAAAGCCCCAUUGGGGAAAACAACAGAAACUGGUCAGGACAAAAAGUUGGUGUUGACACACAUUAAAAAACUUGAGCAAGCGAUGAAGGAGACUCCUUCCAAAUCGUCCUUGUCUAUGCCCGGCAAUUAUUUCUGCCCAGCUUCAAAAGAGGAGCAGGAAGAAGCAGAGAAGAGGCCCGCAGAGCCAAUCUUUGGGACUCUGGAUGUUGGGAGAUCUGGCAGCCGAAUUCGAAGUCGGGACUCUGAGAACGUCUACAGUGAACCUGGAUCUCCUUCCAUUAACCCUUUACCAAAACCCCAAAGAACCUUUCAACACCACACACAGACAAAUAACCCUGCGGCCAUCCACUGUUUUGUCAAGGGUAAACGAAAUCUCCCCCCUUUACCUUCCAUACCUCCCCCACCCCUUCCAUCCUGUCCUCCACCUCAAGGGAUCUGCAGAAGACUAUCCGGACGAGCUCGAGACACUAAUAACAGGAAGUCCUACGAGUUUGAAGAUCUUCUACAGUCGACAUCAGAAGGUUGUCGAGCAGAUCUCUAUGAGCUAUCUAAGCUAGGCCUCACUCGCACUUUAUCAGAGGAGAAUGUCUAUGAGGAUAUCCUAGACCCACCAUCGAAGGAGAACCCAUAUGAAGACAUAGAGUUGGAAAGUCACUGUCUUAGGAGCAAGUAUCCCGUUUCUUCUUCCCCUUCCUCUCCUAUUCCAGAUACCCCAUCCAAGCUCUCCUCCAAGCCUGGUUUCUUCAGGCAGAAUUCAGAGCGACGUAGUUUCAAGCUAUUGGAACUGCGAAAGACCGGCAGAGAUGGCGGCAUUGCGUCCCCGUCACGGGUCAGCCCUCCAUCAACACCCAGCAGCCCGGAUGACACCCCGUGUCUGUCGGGGGAUCCUUACAACCGACGGCGGCGGAAAAUUCCAAAGAUGGUGCAGAAAAUCAACGGCAUCUUUGAGGCCCGUAGGGGAAAGAAGAAGAUGAAAAGGGUCUCACAGUCAACCGAAUCCAGUUCGGGAAGAGUGACGGAUGAAAACAGUGAGUCUGAAAGUGACACAGAGGAGAAAAUAAAAGCUCACAGUCAGAGAUUAGUGUCGGUCCAGUCUAUGUUGAGGCAAACCGGUCGAUAUCGCACUCUGGAGCGAGACCUGAUGGAACUUCAGGAGCGGAAAUUGUUUGAGUACUUUCUGGUUGUGGCUCUUCAUAAGACCAAAGCAGGCGUGCCGUAUUUACCAGAAGUCACACAGCAGUUCCCUCUCAAGUUUGAACGAAGCUUCAAGUUUAUGCGAGAGGCUGAAGACCAGCUGAAAGUCAUUCCUCUGUUCUGUUUCCCUGACGCUAAAGACUGGGCACCUGUGGACAGUUUCCCCAGUGAAACGUUUUCGUUUGUCUUAACCGGAGAAGAUGGGAGCCGGAGAUUUGGCUACUGUCGACGUUUACUGCCCAGCGGUAAAGGGAGGCGUCUACCUGAAGUGUACUGCAUUGUGAGCAGACUGGGCUGUUUUGAUCUCUUCUCCAAGAUCCUGGAUGAGGUAGAGAAGCGACGAGCCAUUUCUCCUGCGCUGGUCCAGCCGUUUAUGAGAGGAAUUAUGGAGGCUCCGUUCCCAGCGCCGGGAAGAACCAUCAGCAUUAAGAACUUUCUGCCGGGUUCAGGGACCGAGGUGAUAGAAUUAUGUCGUCCUUCAGAUUCCCGUCUGGAGCACGUGGAUUUCGAGUGUUUGUUUUCCUCUCUGAGCUUGCGUCUGCUUCUGCGGGUGUUUGCUUCUCUUCUGCUGGAGCGGAGGGUCAUCUUCACCGCAGAUAAACUCAGCACCCUCUCUAAAUGUUGUCAUGCCAUGGUGGCUCUGCUGUACCCCUUCACCUGGCAGCACACAUACAUCCCGGUCCUGCCGCCGUCCAUGAUGGACAUCGUCUGUACACCGACUCCUUUCAUAGUCGGGCUGCUCUCCAGCUCUCUGGCCCGUCUCAAAGAGCUGCCGCUAGAGGAGGUCCUGGUGGUCGACCUCGGCAACAGUCGUUUCCUGCGACAGAUGGAUGAUGAGGAUUCGAUUCUGCCUCGUAAACUCCAGGCCGCUCUGGAACACGUUCUAGAGCGGAGGAAGGAGCUGGCGUGUGACGUGGCAGAUAAUCCUGGCGAGCCCAGUUCUCUGAGCUGUGUGGUGUCAGAGGUGUUUGUGCGGUUCUUCGUGGAGAUCGUGGGUCAUUACUCACUCUUUAUGGGCGGCAGUGACCGUGAUGAAGAAUCCUCUGCCUCGUCUUCCUCCUCUCCGACUCCCUCGUCCUUCCAGCGUGAGGCUUUUCGUAAAGCCGUGUCCUCCAAGAGCCUGCGGAGAUUCCUGGAGGUCUUCAUGGAGACGCAGAUGUUCGCAGGAUUCGUGCAGGAAAGAGACUUUCGGAGGCAGGGCCUGAAAGGUUUGUUUGAGAUGAGGGCUCAGGAUUACCUCGAUUCUCUGCCAGGCAGCGAGAACAGAGGCGUCAACAAGUUCCUCAAAGGUUUAGGACACAAGAUGAAAUUCCUGUCCAAAAAAUGAAAACUAGCCAUGUAGGAUCUGUAUGUUAGACUUGCUCUCACCUGAUCGUUUGACCAAAACAGACCAGAAGUAUGGGAUACGGCGACCUAAGGACCAAAGGCGAUGGAAAACACUGUACAGUCCAUUCUAGCUCCCCAAACCAUACCUUAAAGGACUUUAUUGAAACCCAGAACAGAAGCGUCCAUGUACAGUUCUUUCUCUCGUUUUCUACAUGUAUAAGAGAUAGAGUACAACUUCUUCAGAAACAGGAGGCUAUAAAUUAAUUUAUAUUCUUUCUAGAAAUAAGAAGACCUUUAUGAAAUCCUCUGUAAAACUUUAUAUGUUUCCUCUUAAAGUCGAAAUUGUGUUGUUAGUUUGUCAUAGUAUAUUUAUCGUACGUUACAGACUCGAGAUCGUCGACUGGGUUUCCGUGAAAACACCGCCACUGUGAUUGAAUGAAGCGUUGUUCUGUGUUUAAAAACGGGGGGAAAUCUAGAAUCUUGGAACUGCAGGAUCGGGAACUGUUCUAGAAUUAUUAGUUCAGAAAAGGUUCUCGACCGAAACCAGAACAAAGAGUUUUUCUUUUCUCUGUCUUACGUGCGUUACAGAAACACCACUAAAGUUACUUUUAACUUGUUUUUUUUUUUUUUUAAUAAACAGUGU